GGAGUUGCCUUCUCUCUCCCUCCUUCUCCCUCUCUUAAACAUGCUUCACACGGCCGUCUGAUUAAUCACACGUCCAUUCUCAAGCCCACCUAGGCUACCGCACCCUCCGCACACCAUGUUCAUAUCCAAAGUCUCUUGCCUAUGCCUGGCGCUUAGUGCUGCCGCCAUCUACCCCACCGUGGCGUUCCCCGACAAUGUACACCUCGAGAAGCGACAAGACUGGGACCCCAAGGGGAUCUUAUGCAACGUCGAUCGCGACUGCACCUCGCCCGGCUACCCCUACUGCCGAUGCGGCAACAUCUUCUUUGGCGGCACCGUCGGGACGGCCCCGACAUUCAUGUAUCUGUGCGCCAGCCACUGCGGCGCCAACGGCUGCAUUCCGAACUGUGGAAAUUGCCAAGCCUGCUGAGGAAGAAGGAUGGUUUUUUUUUG